AAAGUUGAACGUUUACUCGUCGAAAGCACACUCAAUCUAAAACUUUUAAUCGUUCAACAUGGUCUUCAAAUUUGUCGUUUUCUUCGCUGCUUUGGCUGCAGUCCAAGCAGGAAAUUUGCUGCAACCAGCCGUUUAUUCUUCUCCUUUGGCAUAUUCAGCACCCGUUGUUACUAAAGCCAUCGCACCAGCAACUUCUUACACCACCACCAGUACUUACACCACCCACGGAUCUCCGGUUUAUGCAAAAUCUUACGCCGCUCCUGUUGCUUAUAGUGCACCAAUCACCCAUGCUCCAGUAGCACCCGUUACUUAUAAUGCACCAAUAGCUCAUGCUCCAGUACCAGCUGUUGCUUAUAGCGCACCGAUUGCUCAUGCCCCAAUUGCUUACAGUGCUCCAAUAGCACACGCUCCAGUUUCUCCUGUAGCAGCGUAUGCCUACAAUGCUCCAAUUGCCCAUGCUCCAACUGUUGCAUAUUCUGCAGCUCCCGUUGUAACAAAAACAUAUGCUGCUGCUCCAGCUAUUGGAUACGCAGCUCCUAAUUGGUAAAAUUUUGAUUAUAAAAUGUUUAAUUGUAUUUUGUUGUACAUAAUAAAUACUGUAUGAAUUAA